AUGAUUCUUAAUGGCUGCUUUGUGAAUUCUAGGGUUCCCAAUUUGGUCGUUCGUGACAGUCGACCAUGUGGCUUUAGGUCUCAAACCUCGACAAUCGCAAAAAUCCCUCAUUCGGGCAAGAAGAUUGAUUCUUUGAUUGAUAGAAACUUCUUGGGACCUUUUCACAAAAAUGGGUCUGCAUCUUUGGGCAUUUGUAAUCCGCUGUUCCCAAGAUUACCAAAAUGCCCCCGCCUGCCGCUCCUCCCCCCAAGGGCAUCCUCGGACACCCCACGGACUUUCCGGUACCCACCCAUGACCAAAAAACCGGGCUUCUUUUGGCGAACCUUGUCUGCAGUCCCGUACCUAUUGCCCUUGCACGAGACCUGGAUGUUCGCACAGACAGCCUUUUACCUCGCCCCGUUCUUGGAGGAUUUAAAGUACGCGUGCUACCCGUUUUUGUGCUCACUCGGGAGGCUGCCCAGCUGGUUCUUGCUUGCCUACUUCUUCGCGGCUUACCUUGGGGUCGUGAGGUUAAAGAUUUGGCCACACUUUUUCAGGUUCCAUGUGGUAAACGGGUUGCUGCUCGAGAUUGGCCUGCAGACCAUAGGGCUGGUGAGCAGGUGGAUGCCGCGCGGGUUGUACAGGGGAAAGAUCGGGAUGCAUUUCUGGGCGGGAGUUGGGAUGGCGUUCUUUUUCACGGUUUUGGAGUGUAUAAGGUGCUGUUUGGCCGGGAUUUAUGCGGAUAUCCCGUUUGUGAAUGAUGCUGCUUACAUUCAGAUUCCGUAUUGA